AAACAAUAUAAACCAAAUACCCAAAAAUAAAUAUGAAUCCUUCAAUAUUAUUAUAAGAAACAUUUAUUGGGACAUUUGUUUAUUAAAAUAAAUUGUCUAAUGUAUCCUUUGGGUAUAGAACAUGUUUCAGUGUAAUCUAUUUGUAUUGUGUUAUAUAUGAAAAUAUUAUUUUUCUGUGCUUACAUACACAAUAGAAUAGUUACGAAAGUGAAUAGCUAUUAGUCGCUAUGUGUUAUUAAUAAUUUUAAUAUGAUACAAAAAAAAAUAUCAAUUUUAGUUUUGUGUUUAUCAAUUAUUUUGUGGUGGUUCCCUGCAAUAUGGAGAAUUGCAUUUACAAUACUAUUUACUGUAUCUCUGGUAGUGGCCGUUCUUAUGUUGACACUAUGGGGCCACAUUGCGUUAUCAUCACCUCACCAAACAUCUCUUUUUUUAAUUGAUAAUAUUGAAAAAGAAGCUCGUAGCCUAGAAGAUACUAUGAAGGAAGAGCAAAGUAACUGGGCUUCGUCAGUGAAAAAACUUCAUCUGCCUGUUGUAUUUGGUCGUCCUGUUGAUAGCCAACUGCAGCAGUUGAUUGACUUGUUUCUGAGGGAUUUUGUGACUAAAUGGAUUAAAGAUAUCACACAUAAACCUGAGCCAGUUAUGGAAAAGUUUAAGGAACACAUUUGGGGAGCGAUACAGAAUCUGAAUGAAAGAUUAUUAAGAGUAGAUGCAGAGAAACUGUUAGCUAACGACAUUGUUAUUAAAAUAACUCAACAUUUUGAGAAAAUAAGGAUUGCAAAAAGUUGUGCUUUGGAGUUAAACCAGCCUCCUGUAUUUGCUCUGUCACCACAUUUAAUGUGCUUUGACUCUGAACAACAUUAUCUGAGACAAAUAAGCGAGAUGAUUGUUAUACUUCUGAUGCCAAGAUGCUACUCAUUAACACCAGUUUGUCAUCUGUUCAGAGAAGUUAUAGCUUGCAAAAUUCUACAACCUGCAAUAAAUAUUGUAACUGAUCCUGAUUACAUUAACCAAAAGAUACUCCAGUAUUUAGAAGCACAGAAGGAAGUUGAUGCGAUGUCACUCAGAACUCAUGAGUAUGCCAAAACAUUUGAAGAGUACAUAAGCCUAAUAAAUAACUGCAACAAUAUUGACACACUUAAACGAUUGAGGUAUGAUAUUGUGACUCAGAUAAUGCAAGCAACAACAUUACAGAAUAUAAAAAGAGCGAAAGGGAUAGAUAUAGAAGUUAUUGAAAAAGGAAACCAGCACAGUAUUAGUCGGCAACAAUUAGCUGACGCCAAGAAGUUGAAGAGAUAUAUUGACCAGCUGACUAUUGCUAAGGAUGAAUGUGAGUCAGCUUUGAGAAGACAGGGUUGGGAUGGAGCCUUCCCGACUGUUGAAUCUGAAAGCAAGACAAUGCCUUUACACAAAAUAAUGGAGAGUGUGAUUGGACGGAGGUACCUGUCGAUGUUUCUGGAGACGUUGUGCUCACAAGGUCUUGUGGGGUUCUGGACAGCAGUUGAAGAGUUACGUCACAGUCCACGAAGUAGCUGGCAUCAAUUGGGCGCUGAAAUUUUUUAUACUUAUAUUCGGUCUCCUAGUGCCGAGAUCAAAGUUGACAAGGAAACAAGAAAGCGAAUGGAAUCAUUCUUAUUAGGUGACACGGGACCGGAAGUGUUCUACGAAGUUCAAGACACGGUCGUGGAUACGAUACAGGAAAAGUAUUACCACUCGUUCUUACUCAGCGAUCAGUACAGGGCUUUCGUAGCCGAACUCGCUACUGAAGAAGCUAAUAAAGAACUUAUAUCAGAGAGGUCGCCUAUAGAAGAUCGUCAGUUAUCCAGCGAUUCAGUUUCGUCGGCUGAAAGCGUGGGCGGUACCCUACAUCUGACGGAACAUUCCACAUACGCCCGGAGGAAACUAGACCAGCUACAGGAGAAACAUAACAAUAAAAUUCAGGCGUUAGCAGCGCUACGUGCGUCGCUGAAGCCGGAGUCACCAGCUCUGGCCAUGUUGGCGAGCGAGGUGGAGCGCCUGGCCGGCGAGCAGAUGCGGCUGGAGGCGCACCUGGCGCGGACUGACUCCUGGGCCGAGCACCUGGGCAGGUGGCGGGCCACGGUGCACAGCGCUGAGGUAUCAAGUUACUCACAACUAUAA